AGCAACCAGCAACCAGCAACCCCGUAAUCCUCACGUCUUCCACCUGCAUCAUUGUUGCCCACAAUCUUCCUCAUGUAAUUCAGCACCCCGCUCACCGGCGACAUGCCUCCUACGCAGCUCCACCAUCCGUCACCCAAACGCAAGCGCGAUCAACCCCCGCCUGUACCCUUACUCACCACUACGCUGUGUCGCGCAACAACACCACCCCACGACAAUCCUACGCCAUCGUCAGGCGCCGACAGUCCCAGGAAUGCUGUCGCCGACCAGCUGCGAGGGAUGACGCUGGUCCCGAUUGCGGCGAUUCCAAUGUCGCCGCUCGACCAGGUGGCACACAAGAAGCUAAAGCUGGACGAGAUGAGAGUAGACAGCAGCAUGUCGUUGAAUGAAGACCACACAAAGAUGAUCAAGUCGCAAUCUUGGGCAAAAUCUCACAAGCUGGAUACCAUCGCGGGUACGCCAAAGUUGGACGUCUCCCGAGAAAUACCAGAAACCCCUCAGGCGCCUCGACCCCGCAUAUUGCCACAUAUUACUUCCUUUGCGCAACCCACCACAUUCACAUCAUCUUCAGGAAGCCCAACAUCGCAAAAUAUCUCGUCAAUAAGCCACGGACAAAUUAUACAUGAUCCGUCUUCUUCGCAGCCCCGCCCACGUAACAAGUCACCUUCCCUUCCCUUGCCGUCCCUCACGUGGCACAACAGUGAGAUCACGGGUCAUCUUGCCGACCCUUCGACUGAUCCUGACGAUGAUGGGACGGGUCUGAACGGGAUUGGGUUCAAACCGACCCCAGCGAUAGCGUACGCCAGGUCGCAGAAGAGGAGACAGCAGCUGAAUGAAUGGAAAGCAAGGCAGACCCGCGAGGAGAGAGCAAAACGCAGCGAAAGAAGGCGACGAGGCGUUGGCGGAGCGGCCUCUAGAGAAGCAACAGUGGAAAGGGAGAUGCCCGUUAAAGACGUGGAUACUGCACGGCGGUCGGUGAAGUUCGCUUUAUAAGGCGCUACCGGCGUAAUCGUAAUACUUGGAUAUUCUGCAACGCGGAAAGACUUUUCUUUCUUGUAUCAUGACGAUCUUACGAUGUUUAUAUUACCAGCGAGGGGGGACGGGCGGGAUUGCUACGGGUCAUGGAGUGGCAGCUCGUCUAGGAGUCCGGCGCGCAGCAGGAGCUUUUGGUUUAUGCUGUGUCUGAUCCUUUUAAAGUGGUUCAGAGGGGAUUUGAGGGCGUUCACCUACUUGGAGAAUCUACUUUCAACAGCAGGAUACUGCUUCAUUUCAUUCAUGUUCAUGACUCGUGCCCCACUUCCCUAAACAGAGCUAAGCACGUGAAAACGCGAC